AUGCGGAGGCGGCGCCAUUGUGGUGGCCCCGCGAGCUGCCACCGCUGCCGCCGCCACCGCUGCCGCCGCCACCGCUGCCGCCGCCACGCCUGCCGAGCAACUCCUGGCACCACCCUGGGCUGCCCCAGCCCAGCCCCAGCCCCAUCCCAGCCGCCCACCCUGGCUGCCCUCUGCAGGAGGCAUGCACUGGCGGGCGCAACGGCCGGCCUGUGCACCCAGCUGGCGCUGCAUCCGCUGGAUGUUGUGAAGACGCGGCUGCAAGUGCAAGACGGCGCGGGGCUGCUGCCCGCCUACCGCGGCACGGUGGACGCGCUGCGCCAGAUUGUGCGGCAGGAGGGGUGGAAGGCGCUCUACUCUGGCCUGACCCCCGCGCUGGCGGGCAGCGGCAUGGCCUGGGGCAUCUACUUCUUCGCCUACAACCGAGCUAAGCAGCGGUACCAGCGGGCCGCGGGGCAGGCCCGGCUCAGCCCUGGCAAGCACCUGAUCAGCGCGGCAGAGGCGGGGGUGCUGGUCUGCUUCCUGACCAACCCUGUUUGGGUGGUGAAGACCCGCCUGCAGCUGCAGCGCCGGACCGCGUGCGCGGUGGAGUAUCGCGGCUUCCUGCACGCAUUUGUGCAGAUAGCGCGCUGCGAGGGGCUGCCGGGUCUCUACAAAGGCCUCCUGCCCUCGCUGCUGCUGGUGUCGCACGGCGCCAUCCAGUUUGCUGUGUAUGAGGAGCUCAAGUCUGCGGCGCAGGGCUUCGCCGGGGGCGGCGCCGGCCAGCAGAAGCCGGCCAGGCAGCUGUCGCCGCCAGAGAUCACCGCGUGCGGCGCUCUGUCCAAGCUGGCCGCCUCCGUGACCACCUACCCCUCGCAGGCACGGCGGGGAGGCGCGCCUGCCAGGCUGACGCCAGCUGGCAGCCGACGGGGGCACGCUCGCGAGGGCCCCGGCGGCUUCUACAAGGGCCUGGUGCCCAAUGUGGUGCGGGUCAUGCCGCAGAGCGCCAUCACCUUCCUGGUGUAUGAGUCGGUCAUGCGCCUGCUGGAGCGGCAGCCGCAGCCACAGUGA